UUUAAACCACGGCCAUAAUGCAAGUCAGUCACCACACCUCAGGCCCUGACACUCCCCUCUGCCAGUGCCACCCCAUCCCUUCCCUUCUCCGAUCCACAGUCUCCAGCUAGCCUCCUCCUGCUCCGCUCACCUCACCGCGCCAGGAUGGCCGCGCGCUGCCCUUACUUCGCCGCCGACGAGACCACCCGCGUCAUCCGCCGGGGGGAGUCCCCGGCCGCGGCCCUCCGCCGGAUCCUCGCCAUGCCCGGCGCGCACCAGGCGCCCUGCUGCUUCGACGCGCUCUCCGCGCGCCUCAUCGAGCGCGCCGGCUUCGAGAUCGGCUUCAUGAGCGGUUUCUGUGUUUCUGCCACCAGGCUUGGCUUGCCUGACGUUGGCCUCAUCUCCUAUGGAGAAAUGGUAGACCAAGGGCGCCUACUCAACGAAGCUGUAUCUAUCCCAGUGCUUGGUGACGGCGACAAUGGCUAUGGAAACUCUAUGGGCAUCAAGAGAACCAUCAAAGGGUACAUCAAUGCUGGUUUUGCUGGAAUCAUGCUUGAAGAUCAGGUGUCGCCUAAAGCAUGUGGACAUACUGAAGGAAGGAAAGUGGUCUCAAGGGAGGACGCUGUCAUGCACAUAAAAGCUGCUGUUGAUGCCAGGAACGAGAGUGGCUCGGACCUUGUUAUUGUGGCAAGGACAGAUUCACGUCAAGCCAUUUCUUUCGAUGAAGCAUUAUGGAGAGUGCAAGCUUUUGCUGAUGUUGGUGCUGAUGUCCUGUUAAUUGACGCCCUUGGUUCAGUGGAAGAGAUGAAGGCAUUCUGCGCAGUUGCCCCAGGAAUUCCAAAGAUGAUAAACAUUAUCGAAGGUGGCAAAACUCCCAUACUGAGCCCUGUGGAACUUGGAAAAAUUGGUUACAGCCUCAUAGUCUAUUCAGUAUCCUUACUUGGCGUGUCAAUGCGUGCAAUGAAGGAGGCUCUAGGUGCAAUAAAAGGUGGCCAUGUAGCUCCACCUAGCAUCAUGCCAUCUUUUCAGGAUAUCAAGGACACUCUAGCGUUCGACCGCUACUACAAAGAAGACAAGAAAUACCAAGUGGUAGAGAAGAAAUACAAAGUGGACUCCAAUGGCACAAAUGGACACGACUCCAACGGCACAAAUGGACACAUAUGAAUCUACCAUUAGUUUGGCAAUUCUGGAUUCUACUGGAUAUAUGCUGCCAUGCAAGGUGCUCAUGCAUGGCUCAAGUACCAUAUGUGGGAGAUAUAAUAUUUGGGAAGCUGUAGCCUUCAUUAUUAUUGCUCAUUUUUUUAUUUUCUACUGUGUUACGGUUUCAAUAUUCUGAUUUUUCUGUUUCCAAUUUCAAUAAAACAGACCUACUAUUGAUGAUUUGAAUUACAAUAUAUAUGUAGUCAUGUGCAUUACA